CGUCCCGGCGGCGGAGAAACUACUUUGGCUCUGUGGGUAAACCUCGCCCCGGAGUCCUCGCCAUGUGCCGGUGCUGACCUGAUCUCGGUACCUCACCUGAACUGACAUUUUACGCUGCACAAUGGAGUACCUGUUCCAGGUGAAAAUCGGCGCUCUGAUCGGGCUGUUGCUCUUAACUCUCCUUUUUGGAUUUAUCCCUGCUCGAAUCAGAUGGUUCAGGGACACAAACGGGACAGAAGUUCAUCGCACAUUUCUGAGUUUGAUCAGCUGCUUUGCCGGCGGCGUUUUCCUGGCGGCAUGCCUGCUCGACAUCAUUCCAGAUUAUCUGUCAGACAUCAGCGCAGAGCUGGAUGCUCAGAAGGUGGAGACCCCGUUUCCCCUUCCAGAGUUCAUCAUGGCUGCUGGUUUCUUCACUGUUCUCAUACUGGAGAAGAUUGUCCAGAACUUCCGGGUGAUGAGAGCGGCUCAUGAGGAGAGGGCACCCCUUAUACAAGACAAUGGGCAUGGGCAUGGGCACGGGGGACCCACAACCCACGAUCUGGAGGGCAGCGGCCACCACGUCCAUGUGGACUUACAGGCUCACUCCUCCUUUCGUUCCUUCAUGCUCUUCCUGUCUCUCUCACUCCAUUCAGUGUUUGAGGGUUUAGCUAUUGGCCUGCAGAGCACUGACUCGAAGGUACUGGAGAUCUGCAUCGCUAUUCUUGUUCAUAAGAGCAUCAUCGUGUUCAGCCUGUCUGUGAAGCUGGUCCAGAGCGCGGUUCGCCCUUUGUGGGUUGCCGCUUACAUCGCAGUGUUUGCCAUGAUGUCGCCUUUAGGCAUCGCCAUCGGCAUCGGCGUGAUGGAGGCUCAGCUAGCAGCUGGACCUCUGAUCCAGGCCGUGCUGGAGGGGCUCGCUGCAGGCACGUUUGUUUACAUCACUUUCCUGGAGAUUCUCCCACAUGAGCUGAAUUCCCCUGGGAAUCAGCUCCUCAAGGUGAUCUUCAUCCUGGUCGGCUUCACCAUCAUGGCAGCUUUGACGUUUUUGGGAUGAAACUGACAUUUCGUCCCUGUCAGCUGCUGUCACUGUAUCGCGUGUAUGCCACUCCCAGAUGUCCAGGUCAAUUUCCUAGAGAAGGACAAACUAGACAGAAGAAUUUUUGCGGCUGCAAGGUUACACUUAUCUCUGGACUUUUUUUUUCUCAAAGGGAGCAUGACAACAUUUUUGGCGUUUUUAUUGCUUUCAGUACUUUUAUAAUUUAUAAUUUUAUUGUGGAGGUGUCCAGCUGCUUUUUUUUUGUUGUUUUUUCUAUUUUCUUUUUUAAUAAUUUCUGUUUUGCAUUGCUGUCUUUAUGUAAAGAGGUACAGAGGAUCAAAACAUGAAGAAUCAUAAACUGAUAAUGACAUAAAUGCUAUAAAAUACAUCAAAUAGUAUUAAAAAUAAUAGUAGGCUUUAAUGAUAAUAUGGCAUAUCUCGACGUUUGAUUUAAUUUGCUUCUGUAUUUACCUUUGUAGUAAUUCACCUAUAUUCUUUUUAUUUAAUUUUCCAUCUUUUUUUAAUGUGAGUGUGUCUAUACUUUCACAUAUUUAUCCUUUCAACCUAUUUACCCCCCCCCCCCCCCUCAACUGAAUAAUUUAUUUUCUUUUAUUUAUGCAUUGAUGCUUCAUUAUGCAUUUUCAGGGGGAGAGCUGGUUGGGGGCGUGUGCUGUGUAAAAGAGCAUGUUUUUAAAAAUUAGUACAUUCGUAACGAAAUGGAAAAUUCACUGGGAAUGUAAAUUUUAAAAGAGGUGUUAAUACAAAGGUAAAGAAUUGCAGAUGCAAAUUAAACGUUGAAUACCAGUCGAAUGUUUGUCCAAACUUAUGACUGGACUGUCACAUUUUAUAAAUUCUUAAUGCUUAUUUGUUCUGUUUUUGAUUAUGUCAGUUUCGGUCCUCCAUAAAGAUGAAGUACUUACAGCAGCGCCGCAUUUGUCGAAUUUAUCACUGACCUUAUUUUGAAAUGUGCAGGACGAACCUGCCUCGGACCUCUCGGGAUGCGUACGUAACCACUGGAAACAAAGGGCAGUGUUCCCAAUAUAUAUCUUUCAGUUAAUUCAGUCAUGUGGGUGCCUCCAGAGCAUUAAUGUUUAUAAAUCAUGUGUCACAAAAUCAAAUGGGAAGUUUGACUGUUGUUUUUUUUUUUUUGCCAAAAUGCACUGACUGUUCUUUACUGUGGGCUCAGCUGGGUAACUGGGCUUUGUAAACUGCUGUUUAAUAGGUACGUAAAUUAGUAUUUUCACUGAUCUGGGUUUGUUAAUGUUAUUUCAUUGCUUUUAGUAAGUGCUUACAGAUUGUUUUUAAUUUUAGCUUGCUGUUAUUUCUCAUUACUGAAACGAUAGUGCAUCACUACUAUUUUAACGCGUUACAGGUCUAGUAUACAGUACUGUGUUUCAGCCUGUUUUACACUCCAAGUAAACCACUGACUGUUUUUUUAUUUUGUCUUUACAGCACUGAAGUAGCUCUUUUCUGUCAUGUGAUAGAUUGUCCCCUCAUAUGGGGAAAAGGCAGGAAGCAGAAAUUUGUGGCAUGGUUGGCAUGAAAAGGGCACUGUCAUCAAAAAAAAGUGUUAAUGACAUGAAAUUUCACAUGGCUCACCCUUUUUUUUUUUUUAAAUGUCACUUUUGAUUACCCAACGGAACAAAAGCCACUCCUCUUCUUAAUUUCACAAUAUCACCCAUUUUGCACUAUAAGCUGAACAAAUCAUUGGAAAACCUCGACUAUCUUUUUACAAGCAAACUACAUGGAUAUUUUGUGCCUUAUGGUCGUUGUAUUUAUGAGAAACAUGACUGUGUUUUGUUCAUCUAU